AUGGCAAUCAUGGACUCGAAUCCGGAGGGCAAUCAGUACCAGUACAUUCAAGACACUUCUUUAGCUUCGUUGGAUUCCAAGACGAGCCCACUUGCCAUGUUGGUUCGGACCUGCAGCCAGAUCGGUGCAGAUCCGCCGAUGGCAGCCGCUGCUAAGUCGAAAAAACCUGCCGCCGCCGCUCCCGUCUCUGCUACAGCCGCCGCAGCCGACAGGCCACACAGUGCGUCACCUGCCGCCGCAGCAGUGGCGUACUUGGGCCACGGGGCCGCCAAGCACCACCGGACCAACAUCAAUAACAAUUACAUGGAAGACACGCCCAAACCUGCAAAGUUGAACUUUAAACCGUAUGAGAACACCGUUUCAACACCGACGCCGCAUCACCACAUGCAGCACGCCGUACAGCACCACCAUCACCACUCUUCGCCCUACGGUGUGCAUCAGCUGCAUUCCGACCAUCACAACAACAACAACGACGACGACAGUCGGCCCAAGAGCAGCAGCUCGGAAGACAACGGCAACAGUGCAGGCCACGGCAAGAAGCGCAAGUCCGCUUCGCCACGCGAUGAAUACAACGGCGCUCACAACAAGAGCAGCCGCAGGUCGUCGUCGUCGGCUUCGUCGUCCGAAACCGCGGCGGCCGCGUCCACCGCUUCGUCCGCCAACGACCCGUCCACCAACCCGAUCAUACGGUCCGGUCUGGAAGUGAUGCACGGCGCCACGGCCAAGGCGUUCUGCCCACCGCCGCCGAUGCCCGCUCACUCGCCGUACAAAUCACACGACCCGCUGGCCGCCUUCAGGCACACGUACCUGCCCGGCGCCCCGUGGAUGCCGGCUGCCGUAUCUCUGGCCGCAGCCGCGGCGGGCAAACCGUCGCCGUCGUCCGACUGCAAGGACCCGAUGUGCGGUGGCCCGGCGUCCGGGUGUGGCCAGCAGCAGCAGCAUGCAGCGGCCGCGGCCGCGCUAGCGUUUGCCACCCAAUACCAUCCAAUGAUGGCCGCGGCCGGCGCGUGUCCCGCCGGUUGCGUACAGUGCGACCACCAGCGGUACCUGUCCUCGCUGAUGGCCGCUGCGUCCGUGCCCGCGUUCUACGCGCCCGUGGCCCGCCCGUACACUUGCAGCUGGGUGAUUCCCGGCGGCCACAUGCAGUCGUCGUCGCCCGCCACCGCCGCCACCGAAUCGGCCAAUGCGGCGUCGCUGUGCGGCAAGAGCUUCAGCACGUCCGACGAACUGUUGCAGCACAUCCGCACGCACACGUCCGCCGGCGGUAGCGCCGUCUCCGCGGCCGCUUGCAUGGCUGCCGGCGCCGCGGGUCCGAUGUCGCCCACCACGGCCGCAGCGUUCUCCGCCUACAACAGCCACUUGUCCCGACACUUGUUCCAUCACCCGUCCGCAGCCGCGGCUUACGGCAAACCGCCGUCCAUGAUGCCGCCGUCUCCGUACAGCGCGUUCAACCCAACGGCCGCGUACUGCUACCCGCCGCCGUCCGCGGCCGCCGCAGCCGCAGCCGCGUACCAUCAUCAUCACCAUCAGCAGCAGCAGCAGCUGUACUCGCCCCGCGGCGACACGUCCUCCGCCACCGUCAGCCGUUAA